AUGGCUUCGAACAAGCAGGGCAAGAUGCAAAACCUCAUCAACUACCGGAUGAGGGUAACACUUAAUGAUGGCCGUCAAAUGACUGGGCAGAUGCUUGCCUUUGACAAGCACAUGAACCUGGUUCUUGCAGAUACAGAAGAAUUCCGCAAAGUCAAGCGCAGACAGGGAAAAGGGCCCCAGGGUGCAAGUGGACCAUUAGUGGACGCUGAAGAGAAAAGAACCUUAGGCUUGACAAUAGUUCGGGGGACUCACGUGGUAUCAUGCUCGGUUGAUGGCCCUCCCCCCGCCGACCCCUCCACAAGAUUGGGCACCACCGUUCCCGGUGUUCCUGGCACUGCGCCGCCAACCCUUGCUGCCGGCCCGGGAGUCAGUAAACCAGCUGGUCGUGGGCUGCCUGUUGGACUUGGAGGACCAGCAGCAGGUGUUGGUGGACCGCCUCCGCCCUCAGGAUUCGGUGGCUUUCCGCCAGCUGGUUUCCCAGGCGCACCCCCUCCGGGAUUUCCGGGGAGAGGAAUGCCCCCUGUACCCCCUGGAGGCCCACGUAGGUCAUUUCAAGCUCUUGGUUUAUUCAAUGCGCUGACGGUUGUCUUAUAG